UGUUUUAUCAUACAGGGAAAAAACAUCUGGCCGGUGACGGGCGUUGUGAGAUAGGAGUGUCCCAGUAGGUUUUGAGCAGGAACACUCUUUCUCGGACAACUAGCAGCCAUGAGAUCUCUCAGCAUUCUCUCCGUUCUAGCACUGGCAGCAUGCGCCUCUGCCAUCAGCCGAAGGGAAACGUGCAGUACCGUAGCAGACUGUUCUGGGAUUACAUCUUGUGGAACCGCAGGGUCUCUCAUCUGUGACAACGGCCAGUGCACAUGUACAAAUGUCUGCGAUCCGGACCAAGACCUCGCCAAAUGUUCCAAUCGUAACCAAUGUCUGGCCCGUUUCUUGGACGGGGAUAUUAGCUGCAAUUGCGCUCGCCCAUGGCGAUCCUUCCACUGUAUUGACAGUUACUGCCACUGUGGAUACCCAACCUCCAGGAAAUAGUAUCCUACUCGCUGGGACUAUAUGAUGUAUGAGUAACAGUUUGUCGAUAAAUUAGGUUUGUCCUA